CAGCCUGGCCGGCUCGGAAGUUUGCUGGUAGCCGGGGAAGGGUGUCUUUGCGCGAGCAGUUUCAUCUGUGUGGGGUUGCUUUAGGAAGAGUCCCACCCGUUCCUCACAGAAGACGUUGUGAAGUGUCGGGGACUGUCAGGGACCCACCAUCUUUGUGGCCUGGGCGGACUUCAUAGGUCACGAGUGACUGAAGACUGACUUCCUCUUCGGAAACUCGCUGGUGUUUUUGUCCUGCCCGAGCCGCUAGACCCUGAUUAACCAGGAGAGGCUGACUUGGAUCCGGCUAGGCAGAUGGGCAGCUUCUGCCCUACCUCUCACUACGACGAAGCCUAGCGGCUUGGGUGAAAAUAGGGAUAAAAUGUCGGGCCCGUUUUUCCUCAGCUCUCCUUGCCUAGGACGGCUUUCCGGCUUUCAGAAAGGCCUCCCCCGGUUCUGUCAUUUUGCGUGCAGGGUCGGUGUGGACUGCACAGCUGCGUGCCCGCCUCACCUGGGAGCAGAGGGACCCGGAUGCGGAGUGUGCAGAUCGUCAGCCUAGCACCCGGUCCAGUGACAUAGUUGAGCGCACGUUGCCAGAACGGUUCUGAAGUUUGGGUGCCCUGUAGCCUUCCCCCUCAAACCCGGCCCUCCCUUGAAUCAUGCUCCUGAGAAGGGAACGCUGCUCUAAAGGUUGCCGAGUAGGAUACUCUAGAUAUUCGUCAGAUCCAGUUUCUUUCUUGGAGGAAGGUGGCCUGCUUCCAUCCAGGGGCACAUGAUGUCUUUGCCAUUUUAUCAGCAGUCCCAUGCGCACUAUGAUCACAGCUACCGCCACAAGGACCUGCGCACCACUACAAGCCAGUACCAGCAGGAGAAGAAGCGUUCUGCCAUCUAUACCCAUGGUUCCACAGCCUACAGCAGCCGCUCCUCUGCUGCACACCGCCAGGAAGCAGAGGCCUUCAGUCAGGCGUCUGCCGCCUACCAGCAGCAGGCCUCUCAGGCCUACAGUCUUGGAGCUGAACAGUACUCCCUUGCAUCUCAAGUCAGUCGCAAGGCGGCCUCAGCCUACGACUAUGGCUACUCCCACGGUCUUACAGAUUCUAGUCUGCUGUUAGAAGAUUAUUCAUCUAAGUUGAGCCCCAAAACAAAGAGAGCCAGGCACAGCCUUCUGUCUGGAGAAGAAAAAGAGAACCUGCCAAGUGACUACAUGGUGCCCAUUUUCUCAGGACGUCAAAUGCACGUCAGUGGAAUCGCAGAUACAGAAGAAGAGAGAAUUAAAGAAGCUGCAGCUUAUAUAGCCCAGAGGAAUCUUCUUGCCAGUGAGGAAGGAAUCACAUCCUCCAAACAGUCUGCAGCGUCCAAACAGUCUGUGAUAUCCAAACAGGCCACCUCCACGCUUCAAGAAGAAGAAACUUUUCAAAAAAAGUCAAGGAAAGUUGCAAUACGAGAAAAAGCAGAACGCCUGUCGCUGAAAAAAACAUUAGAAGAAACUGAGGCCUAUCAUGGAAAGUUGAAUGAAGACCAUCUUCUCCAUGCUCCUGACUUUACCAUUAAGCCUCGUUCCCACACCGUUUGGGAGAAAGAGAAUGUAAAAUUACACUGCUCUGUAAUAGGCUGGCCAGAACCGCGUCUCACAUGGUAUAAAAACCAAGUGCCAAUAGAUGUCCAUGCCAACCCUGGGAAGUAUAUUAUUGAAAGUCGAUAUGGAAUGCACACUCUGGUGAUUAACGAAUGCGAUUUUGAGGACACGGCUCAGUACCGGGCCUCGGCGAUGAAUGUUAAAGGAGAGCUCUCAGCAUAUGCAUCUGUUGUGGUAAAGAGAUAUAAGGGGGAAUUUGACGAUACUCGCUUCCACAGUGGAGCUUCCUCCAUGCCUCUCAGCUUUGCUGUAACCCCUUAUGGUUAUGCAUCAAAGUUUGAGAUCCACUUUGAUGACAAGUUUGAUGUGUCUUUUGGGAGAGAGGGAGAGACGAUGAGUCUGGGAUGCCGUGUAGUUAUCACACCUGAAAUCAAACAGUUCCAGCCGGAGAUCCAGUGGUACAGAAAUGGGGCGCCUGUUUCUCCAUCAAAAUGGGUGCAAACACACUGGAGUGGAGAGCGGGCUACACUGACAUUUUCUCAUCUCAACAAAGAAGAUGAAGGCCUCUAUACAAUUCGUGUACGAAUGGGCGAAUAUUAUGAAGAAUAUAGCGCUUAUGUCUUUGUUCGAGAUGCUGAUGCGGAGAUUGAAGGAGCCCCAGCGGCGCCCUUGGAUGUGAUGUGCUUGGAUGCCAACAAAGAUUAUAUCAUCAUCUCCUGGAAGCAGCCAGCUGUAGAUGGAGGGAGUCCUAUCCUGGGAUAUUUUAUUGAUAAAUGUGAAGUGGGCACAGACAGCUGGUCUCAGUGCAAUGACACACCUGUGAAGUUUGCUCGUUUUCCUGUCACUGGAUUGAUAGAAGGUCGUUCCUAUAUCUUCCGAGUUCGAGCUGUGAAUAAAACUGGAAUAGGCCUGCCUUCUCGAGUUUCUGAGCCUGUGGCUGCUCUGGAUCCCGCUGAGAAAGCUAGAUUGAAAAGUCGCCCAUCAGCACCCUGGACUGGACAGAUAAUUGUCACUGAAGAAGAACCUACAGAGGGCAUUGUUCCUGGCCCCCCCACAGAGCUCUCUGUCACAGAGGCCACGAGGAGCUAUGUGGUGCUAAGCUGGAAGCCCCCUGGCCAGCGUGGCCAUGAGGGCAUUAUGUAUUUCGUGGAAAAGUGUGAAGCAGGAACGGAAAACUGGCAGCGGGUGAACACGGAGCUGCCCGUGAAGUCUCCCCGCUUUGCUCUGUUCGAUCUGGCCGAGGGGAAAUCCUACUGCUUCCGCGUGCGCUGUUCUAAUUCAGCAGGAGUCGGUGAGCCCUCAGAGGCCACAGAAGUGACCGUGGUAGGGGACAAACUUGAUAUCCCUCAGCCUCCUGGAAAAAUCAUCCCAAGCAGAAACACGGAUACCUCUGUAGUGGUUACUUGGGAGGAGUCCAAAGAUGCUAAAGAGUUGGUCGGAUACUACAUCGAGGCAAGCGUGGUUGGCUCUGGCGAGUGGGCGCCUUGCAACAACAACCCCGUGAAGGGCUCACGAUUUACUUGUCAUGGAUUGGUGACUGGUCAGAGUUAUAUUUUCCGGGUCAGAGCCGUUAAUGCUGCUGGGCUUAGUGAAUAUUCCCAGGAUUCGGAAGCUAUUGAGGUCAAAGCCGCUAUUGGGGGAGAAGUAUCUCCAGAUGUGUGGCCUGAGCCGAGUGCUGCGCCCGGUGGACUAACAGACUCCAGGGGGUUUGUGCAUGAGGCCUCCCCGCCAACCUUUCAGAAAGAUGCUUUGCUCUAUAGCAAACUUAACAAACCUUCACCACCCAGUAGCUCCCACAACCUGGGCCAAACAGAAGUGAGUAAAGUAACUGAAACAGUUCAGGAAGAGCUGACCCCAUCACCAGAGAAGGCAGCUCCUAAGGGGAAAAGUAAGUCUGAGCCCCCGAAAACGAAGAAGGACCUAGCGGCACCAUCUCCACCCUAUGAUAUCAAAUGUCUUGAAAGUUUUCGUGACUCAAUGGUUCUUGGAUGGAAGCAACCAGAUAAGACUGGAGGGACAGAAAUUACUGGCUAUUAUGUGAAUUAUCGCGAGGUAAUUGGUGGAGUACCUGGAAAAUGGAGAGAAGCCAACAUCAAGGCUGUCAGUGACGAGGCAUACAAGAUUAGUAACUUGAAGGAAAACAUGGUUUAUCAAUUCCAAGUGGCGGCCAUGAACAUCGCUGGGUUGGGAGCGCCCUCAGCAGUGAGUGAAUGCUUCACCUGUGAAGAGUGGACCAUUGCUGUUCCAGGACCACCGCAGAGCCUCAAGUACAGUGAAGUGCGGAAGACCUCCCUGGUUCUCCAGUGGAAGCCUCCAGUCCACUGUGGGCGGACGCCGGUCACUGGUUACUUCGUGGACUUGAAAGAGGCCCAUGCCAAGGAAGACCAGUGGCGAGGACUCAAUGAGGCAGCGAUUCCAAACAAGUACCUGAAGGUUCAAGGCCUCACGGAGGGUGUCAGCUACGUGUUCCGUGUCCGAGCCAUUAACCAGGCUGGAGUUGGGAAGCCAUCCGACCUUGCAGGCCCUGUUGUGGCAGAAACCCGUCCAGGAACCAAAGAGGUUGUGGUAAAUGUGGAUGAUGAUGGAGUCAUUUCAUUGAACUUUGAAUGUGAUCAGAUGACUCCAAACUCAGAGUUCGUCUGGUCCAAAGAUUAUGUACCCACUGAGGACUCUCCACGACUGGAAGUUGAAAGCAAAGGCAGCAAGACAAAAAUGACCUUCAAAGACCUUGGGGAAGAUGACUUGGGCAUUUACUCUUGUGACGUAACAGACACUGAUGGAAUAGCAUCGAGCUACUUAAUUGACGAGGAAGAACUGAAACGUUUACUUGCUCUCAGUCACGAUCACAAGUUCCCAACUGUUCCAGCCAAAUCAGAGUUGGCAGUUGAAAUCUUGGAGAAAGGGCAGGUCCGGUUUUGGAUGCAGGCUGAAAAGCUAUCUGGCAAUGCCAAAGUCAACUACAUAUUUAAUGACAAGGAAAUUUUUGAAGGGCCGAAAUACAAAAUGCAUAUUGACCGAAACACUGGCAUAAUUGAAAUGUUCAUGGAAAAGCUACUGGACGAGGAUGAGGGAACGUAUACUUUCCAGAUUCAAGAUGGAAAAGCAACUGGCCACUCUACUCUUGUUCUCCUUGGAGAUGUCUAUAAAAAGCUCCAGAAAGAAGCUGAAUUCCAGCGGCAAGAAUGGAUUAGGAAACAAGGUCCACAUUUUGCUGAGUAUUUGAGCUGGGAAGUGACUAAUGAAUGUAAUGUACUAUUGAAAUGCAAGGUAGCAAAUAUUAAAAAGGAGACUCACAUUGUGUGGUACAAGGACGAGAGAGAGAUAUCAGUGGAUGAAAAGCAUGACUUUAAGGAUGGUAUAUGUACCCUGCUUAUAACAGAGUUUUCCAAGAAAGAUGCUGGGAUUUAUGAAGUUAUCCUGAAAGAUGACCGAGGAAAAGAUAAGAGCAGACUGAAGCUUGUGGAUGAAGCCUUCCAAGAACUGAUGUCUGAAGUAUGCAAAACAAUAGCUCUGUCUGCCUCAGACCUGAAAAUCCAGAGCACAGCCGAGGGCAUCCGGCUGUACUCCUUUGUGACUUACUACGUGGAUGACUUGAAAGUGAACUGGUCACACAAUGGGACUGGUAUUAAGUACACAGACAGAGUUAAGAGUGGGGUCACCGGGGAGCAGAUCUGGCUACAAAUCAAUGAGCCCACUCCUAAUGACAAAGGGAAAUAUAUAAUGGAACUCUUUGAUGGCAAAACUGGACACCAAAAGACAGUGGAUCUUUCUGGACAAGCAUACGAUGAAGCCUUUGCUGAAUUCCAGAGGUUAAAACAAGCUGCCAUUGCUGAGAAAAAUCGUGCCCGGGUGCUGGGCGGUCUCCCUGACGUGGUCACCAUCCAGGAGGGCAAGGCCCUUAACCUCACUUGCACUGUGUGGGGCGACCCAACCCCGGAGGUCUCGUGGCUGAAGAACGAGAAGCUGCUGGCCUCAGACGAGCACUGCAACCUCAGGUUCGAGGCCGGGAAGAUCGCCUACUUCACCAUCAACGGCGUGAGCACCUCCGACUCGGGCAAGUACGGGCUGGUUGUGAAGAACAAGUACGGGACGGAGACCAGCGACUUCACGGUCAGCGUGUUCAUCCCGGAGGAGGAGGCCAGGAAGGCCCUGUCGGAGCCGCAGAAGUCCAAGUGACCGAAGACUGGGCGGAGGGGUGCGAGGAGAGCCGAGACCGGCUGAGUCAACUUGCGCUGCUUGUGUGCGAAUGGUUUGGGUUAAGGACAAGGAAGGCUUUGCACUUCCUCCUCCCUGUUGUGUGCUGGGUUAGGGAUAGGAUUGUCAAAUCUUUCAUUCAUAUAUUUUUUAAAAGUGCCAACUAACAACACUUUAAAGGUUUUUCUUUAUAAACAAAUUAUAUGUUAAGAAAAUAGCAUUAGUAGCACAAACAUUAGGAAAUGGUUUUAAGGGAAUGUCCAGAAUAAAAUUGGAGGGAUAUUGAAUGAUGGUCGGAGAGCAGAAGAAGGUGUUGUGGAGAGUCUGGAGUGGAUGAGGAUUUGGUGGUAAAUUCCCAUGGUUGGCAGCCAUGCUCGAGCAUCCCAUCAAAGAGACAUGCUGCUGAGGCCAUGGGUGUGGGCCAGGUGUUGUUGCCAUGGUGAUGUGCAGCCUUGUGACUUGGAGCCUCCUCCAUAUGAAUAAAUGGUUCUCACACCUUU